UUUAAAUUUGCAUAACCUCAAAUGAUCUCUAAUUAUCUGUACUAUUUUAUCAUUAGCCAAUGAUAUGCUGGUGAAAACGGUCCUGUUUGCGUGGUCUGCAGCUGUGGGGUAAGUGUUGGUGAGGUCUGUUGAGUGGCCAAAGCAGGAUUCCCGAGCCUGGCCAUCCAAGUUCUUGCUCAGAGCCAGGUUGGAGCUUCCAGGCCCCGUAUGCGUGGUGCUUGCAGUAGCAGCCUGGGAACAAGUCUUUACAGGAUGCAUCUUUUGUUUUAUUCUAUGGGAGCAGAAAUCGCUAGAGUCUGUCUUUGCUUAAUUGAGGUAAUUAAAUCUUUCUACCUUGCAGCACAAAGGGUUCAUUAGUGUUUUGAAGCAUUUUGAAAUCACUGGAGGAAAGAUGCUGUUUGCUGUUGUGUCACGUUUGAUAAGUGUUGAAAUUUCAAGUCGUCUGGACUUGGAAUAUUGGCUGAGCUGUAGGUACAGAAACCUUGCCAUUGAGCAUGCACAGAGGGAAGGGCUGACUGGGAGCACAGUUGACUACUGUGGUGUUCCUCUCCAGUGCAGGACCCGUGCUCUGUAGGUGUGUUUUAAUUUUUUUUGCUGUUUGUUUUUACUGUACUUUAGAAGGAUGCGACUGUUAACUCCUCAUGAAACCUUAGCAGUAGACACAUGCAGAAUAGUGCCAUAAAACUUAGCGGCUUGGUUUGAAACAAAGAUAAACCUUCCUUUUUUUCAAAUGGACCUCGUGUUACCUUCAUUAGGAUUUCACAUCCAGUUAACUGGGCAGGAUGUAGAACAUACUCUCUUCCUAGAACAAAGACACCACCACAGUGAUGACCUGUGAUACAUUCUGAAAUGGAAAGAGUUCCCAGCCAAGGUAGAGUCUGUUCCACUGUGUUCAGCAGAGCUUUUCACAAUGUAACUACUGGCUUUCUGUUUCUUAGUGAAGAGAAACAGGGAAUGAAAUCUCUUGCAACUUCUAAACAAAGCUAGUGGUUUACGUGGUUCUAAGCAGCAGUGACUUGUCAAUGGUAUAAUUCAGGUUCAUGUGGAAGGUGGUGAAUAAGAUCCCUUCCUCUAAUGAAGGGCAGUUGGGAAUUUUUAGUGAGGGUUUCUGCAAAGGGAAGAUUUGCAGGCAGCAGGAGGUCUGAGUCUGUGCCUGCAGGCAAGGAGAGCAGCACCAGUGGGGGUGUGGGGGCUUUUAACUGCAGGAGUGAAAGAGCAGCUAAGUCGAACACUGCCUCAGCCCUGAGUGUGCAAUUCAUCACCAGCCCGUUAAAGCUGUUGUAAAACAGGGAGCAGAAUUAAGCCCUCCAAAAGAAAUCUUAUUUCUCAGUAACAAAUGCUUACCAUAGUGGGGUAGUGAAGUGUCUUGCUUCCCUGUUUCUGAAGUAGUUAAUCAGUGAUUGCAUUGGUAGAGUCUUUGAGCUGACCCAUAAUCCAAAGAGAUGGUUUUUUGCCUUUGAUUUACUUACGUAGCACAGUUUGACAGGCAAAAGAUGUUUGAUAUCUCACAAAGAGGAAUAAUGCUUAGCAGUCUUCACCUCAAUGUCAUACAAUGAGCAGCAGAUCUGAUAGACCUCAACUGACUGUUCUCUAUGAAUAGUUUUGGCAUCAGCUGAAAAUAGUACUGAGGAUAACUUGCAUUGACCAUGUGAUGACACUUUGAGUUGCAAAAUUGCUUUCAGAUAACUUGCACUGAAAAAGUAAAAAUAGCGCAGGGCGUUAGACUCAUCUACGUGGAAUGUAUAUAUGCAAAAAUAGGGCUCCUUAAGAUUUAGUUUGUCCAGGCAGAACAACUUGUCAUGUUACACUGCUUCACUUUUAGACAAACAAUUUGCACUGAUAAGGUUGCAGCUGUGCUAUUUUGAAGUGUACAGCAAACAUUGGGGAAGCAGUAAUUUGUCUGUUAGUAGGAAGUAGUGUGGCUCUGGCAUCGGCUGGCUUAGAGUAAGCUGGGAGCGUUCACUCUCCCUCCACAAGUAUGGCAACGUCUGCGCAAUACAGGCAGCUGAUAAACGACUACGGGCCCCCAUCGCUAGGGUACACACAAGGGAUACAGGGUACCAGCAGCAGUCAAGUACCGCAGAGCAAAUAUGCAGAACUUCUAGCUAUCAUCGAAGAAUUAGGAAAAGAGAUCAGACCCACAUAUGCUGGGAGUAAAAGUGCGAUGGAGAGGCUAAAACGAGGCAUUAUUCAUGCUAGAGGAUUAGUUCGGGAAUGCUUGGCUGAGACUGAACGAAAUGCAAGAUCCUAGCCCACGAAUGCAGUUACAAGAUCUUCCAUCUCUUAAUGAAGAAAAAGUAAUGCCUACUCAUUCUGACUCUUGAAACAUUCAGACAAAUUCCUUUAUUUUGAAGGUUUUACCUUUCUUUUUGCCUUUAAAAAUGUAUAGUGAAGAAUAACAAAACAAGGAUUUUUCAACUUGCUGAGGGUUGGCAUUUUGUAGACACUAAAACUCCCUAAGGCAUUUCUAAACCAUGAAAACUGAACUGCAUGCAGAGGAAUGCUCUCUCCUAGGCUCUAUUUCAGUUCUCUUCCUAUCCAGCCACAAUCCCGUUGUUGGGUUUUUUUAAAUCCUUUUUACUGUUUCAACGUAACCCCAAACUGUCAGUCUUUCAAAGUUUGACAUAAGCUGUAAGGACUUUUUUUUUUUAUUAAAUAAAUGCAGAAUAGCAUGCUGUACUUAGUAGUCUGCUAUGCCACAAUUUGCCAUACAGCAUAGACCCUGCUUAAAAAUAAUAACCUUCUCCUCUUACUUUUCCUUUUUUGUUCAUUUUGCAUAAACACUUGCAUGACUAAUAGUGCUUUGAAGUCCUUUUAAAGUGCAUGAAUUAUAUGGAAAAUAGGGAAGCCUAUUAAAUAAUAACAAGAUUCUGGAAAGCUAAUUUCUACAUUAAGGCUGGAGAUUUCAGUUUUAAGUUUGCAAAAAAAAAAAAAAAAAAAAAAGAAAAUUCUGGAUAAAUUACUAAAACUUAUUUGCAUCUUUUUAUGUAUUUAUUACUUGAUGUAAUAAAGCUUAUUUUCAUUAACAGUUUGUAUUAAAA